GCGUCGGACCAAAACAGGAAGUAUGUGCUGCUAGCCGUUAGCCGCUGGGACAGAGCUGUUACAAUCUGAUCACAAUGGUUUGAUCUAUGUUUACGUGGUGAAACACAGGCCGAUACCUCACGUACAGGAUUGACAGUUAUCCCAUCUUAACUGGAGCUCUCUGAACAUGUGCAUAUGGAGGACAAAAAAAUAAAACGCAGGAGUCCCAGGACAUCUUCCAGUGGAGCAGGGCCUCCCUCAGGGUCUGUCCGGAAGGGCACCUCCACCUCUGGGGGCAGACACCUGGCCAACAGCAUGGGCACCAACUCCAGCCAGAAGAAUAAAGGAAGGAGGGCGGGCAAAGACAAACCCAGAUAUCCACCCGGCUCAAAGGGUCCCGCCCAGGGCCAGGCCACGCCCAUCAUCCAGCACUCCUUCCUGACAGACGUGUCCGAUGUGCAGGAGAUGGAGAAGGGACUGCUCAGCCUCCUCAACGACUUCCACUCAGGCAAACUCCAGGCCUUUGGUAACGAGUGCUCCAUAGACCAGAUGGAGCAGGUGCGGGAGAUGCAAGAGAAGCUAGCUCGUCUGCACUUUGACCUGUACGGGGAGGUGGACGACAUGCCUGAGGACCAGAGGAAAAUGGCCACCGAGAACAACUUGGACAAACUGCUCUCCAACUUGGAGGAGCUGAGUUCUUCCAUCCAGAAAUUAAAUCUUGCCGAUAGCCAGGAGAUACCGAGAACAGCCAGCGUUUAGGACAACCCAGCCCCACGGGGGAGGAGGAAGAGGAGGAUGAAGAAGAGGAAGAGAGUUUGGGAAUCUUCUGCCACUUCUGGAUGGUUGAGAUGAAAACACAGUAUUUCACCAGCGUAGUCUUCAAUUCAAACAUUCUUUUUAUUCAGCUGUAACAAGCAAAAACGAUCAGUUAUUAUUAUAUUUUUUUAUAGGAAAGAUGUAUACAGAUGAGUUUUAUCAGUCUAAUCAAACUUUCUUCCAUUAGGAUUGGGAAAUAGGGUUGUUAAGUGAUGAUUUCACUUCCGGGUUCGACAAUGGAAGUAUAGUAAGAUCUGAAAGAUGAAAGAUUGAGUCGUGUUGGUUUGACCUGUUCUCAUUGGCGCGAACCCUUGAGACGACAGAAACCACGUGACCAGUUCUGCGCAACUAGAGCGAUGGCGGUAAGAGCAGAGCUAGCACAGGCUUAGAGCGGGGCUAGGCUAAAUCUUACAAAGCCAACUUUUAGGUGCUUUAAGGACCCGGCAAAAUCCGACCUUUGUGAAAGCUGUGGAUGCUCUGUCAGUCAAACAUGGCCAGUUUGAAGUCACAAAAAACGCAUUGUGCUCUAUGGGAGAACUCUUAAUGGGACCAAGCUUCUGGGAGCUGCAGUACCUGCACUGGCCACUAAUCAAUCUCACUCUGGGACAAAGGGAAGUGUCUUAUCCAGUUCAGGUUGGAUCCAGUUCCAUGUGUCCAACCUGGAUCUUCACAACUAACAAUUACCUCCAUAAAUUGUAUCAAAUAUGUAAAUAAUGCAGUAAUAACCUAGCAUAACAUUCGACAACCUGUGUGUGUAUCACACUCACUAACUGCCAGUCACUGCUAACACGCGCUUAGCCUAGCCUAACUUCUUACCUCAACCUCCCUCGUACAUUUUCUGCCACAGUUUUAACCAUGUUAGCAUUAAACAACUGCAGUCUCUUUUUAACGUGAGAUGCGCCAUCGCUAAAAAAAGAAAAAAUUGCAAACUUGCCUGUAGUUUUUAAUCAGAUGAUGCGCCGGAAGUGACAUCACACUUAACAACCCUAUAGUGACAAAUAUUUUAAAAUUUGGACUUUAACUUUUCUUGUUGGGGUCCGGUACCUGCUUGUCUCCAUGGAGGUGUUCCACAGUGUGGAAUUAGGCAUAUCUCUCUUAAGUUUAUUCAGUUACAGGUGUUUAUAUCGCUCAAAAACACCUUCCAGACAACGCAGUAACAUCUCCAUGGAGAUAAGCGGGCGACGGACCCUCUACCAGAAAUGUUACAUGGUAUAGCUUUGAAAAAACGUGAAUGUACAGUGAAAUUAACCAUAUAAGUAUACAAUACCUCUGUUUUGAAGAUUACACAGCAGGAUUUAGUUUUUCUUUUAAUAUUUAUCACUUCUUUUAGCAACUGUUUGAGUUUUCUUACUGUAGAGUUGAUGAUACUCAAAACUGUAAUUUUUGCACAUCUUUAAAACAAUAACUUUAAUAUGGAGGUUAUGCAGGGACACGAUUUUAAUUGAAAAACAUUCCAAUUGAGUGGCACUGAGGCAGAACUAUGGGUAGCGUAACAGUCACUUUGCUUUUUUACGCUUUAUUUUUGUCCAGGCAGUCCAUUUUUUUAGUCUUUUUAGCUCAAAUUAGCUUUAUACGGCAAAAUGGAAACUGAAAGUAGCUUGUCUGUUGUUGCUGUAACUGAGCUAACGAUAGCGGGAGGGACAAAGGACUCCUCCAACUUGCUGCACAACGAUUAAUCUCCUCAAAACACGGAUUCAGAAACACGUUAUUUACGCAGAGAAAGUUUUAUUUCCGCUGCAUCUGAUCCAAACUUUGUAUCAGUUAUAAAUGUGUCUGCGGUGUCCCUGUUGUUUACCUAACUGUUAACUGGUUUUCUACUAAUCUUGAUGUCAGGUACAAACUAAACAUUUAGCAGAGUUGUAGACGUUUGUAUUUGUUAUUAAAUUGUAGCAGCUCUUUCACGUUUUAGAUGUGUUACAGAAGAAAUGCCCGUACUCUCCAUUGACACUCAAAAUGUUGCCACUCAAUCAAAACCAUCAGAAUGUUGCGAUGUCAUCAGCAUAACCUCUAUAUUUUGGCAAUAUAUCAACCGCAUCUGUUAGGGAAGCACCGAUCCUAUACUGGUAUCGGAUAUCGGCACAGAUCUAGACAAAAUAGCUGGAGUGAAUAUCGUUUUUCCAAGUGACGUACAUGUUUGCGCGUAUUUUGAAGACGCCAUAUUGCCAACCAACUCCUGUUUUCACUGCCACUGGUGUACGCCCUUUUUUCUCGAUCACUGAUGUCUGUAGGAUUCAGCAGCGUCGCGUAGUCCUUUCGGUAAUGUUUUUUUUUUUUUUUGUGGUGUCAACAGCUGCACGGUUCUUUGUUGUGAUGAUGUUUAUGGCGACGCCCGUUCCCGUUGGAGACCGCAGUUUGCCAACGCAGAAGUCGGCGAACUUGGGUCUUUUGUUAAGUCAUUUUAGAUGAAUAUUGUGAUUUAAAAUGUGCACAAUAUAUCGUCUUUUCAAUUUUCAGUCUCUGCCGAUAACUGAUAUCAACCGAAACCAGUGCAGAUACGUAAAGCCAGUAGGAUCAAAACGAGUAUCGGAACUGAAGAAGCUGGAAUGGGUGUGUCCCUAACCUCUGUCUUCCACUUUGUCAACAGUUCAGAAUUAAUAAUUGAUUUAAUGAUAUAAAUCUAUGAAAUAUAUUGAAAUAAGUUGAUUUGCAAUAUGUAACGCUAACCAAAGUUAAAGGAGCACUAUGUAACUUCAGUGUUAGGGUGUCCGCCACAUGCUUGUCUCCAUGGAGUUGUUAUCCUUGAAUGUCCCACAGUAUAAUAUUAAAAAUAAUCCAUCUACCCCUUUACAUACUAUUUUAAAGGGCCCAUAUUAUGUUAUUUUCUGAUCUACGUUAUAAUAUUGUUUCCUGUUAAACACACAAACCCUGCAUAUUUAGGUUUUUAGGAGUUUUUCCUCUCAAACAGACAACACUCUGUUCCACCUUGUGAUGUCACGUGGUAAUACAGGAAGUGCUCCACUGUGUUUUUAAACUCCAUACACUUUCACUAGAAUCAUUUGGAUCAUUUCAGCCCUGGAGUUGCCAAUCUCUACUGAACAAAUGUUAAAAAGUAGCCUUCACUUCAUGACAUCACAAGGUUGAACAGAGCAUUUUGAGCUUUGGAGAUGUAGACAGACUAAUAAUAAAAGUUUACUCAAACACGUGUUAAAGGAACGCAUGUCUUUGAUGAGGUAAUAAUUCUAACUUGUCAACAUUGCAUAAUAUAGACAAAAAAAUAAACUUGGCCCUGCGUCGUCAUCACCAUGGAGAGGGGUAGGUUUAAUGCCAUACUGUGGAAUAUUCCAGGCAAAGCAAUAACCUCUCCAUGGAGACCAAUAGGUUUAGGUAAAAGUUACAUAGUGCAACUUUAAGAAUGCAAAUGAAUUUACUGAAAGGAAAGUAUUCUGAAAUGGUAGUAAUUUAUGUAAGUGCAAUCAUUGUAAUAUUAAAGACACAUAUGCAGAUAAUAUAUUUUUCUUAACAUAGCUUUAACUGUCUUUACACUGUUUGAAUGUAAACCAUAUAUUUGCACAUGUCCCGAGUGUGACGCUGGAAAAUUGAAAAUACGCCUUAAUUUCAACUUUAUUUUUUGCCUUAUCACAACUCACCUUUUAAAGUGACUUCUACAUAAAUAUGUUGAGAUAGUUUAGUCCAUAAUAUUGAAUUGGUUGAUCAUCUGCUUUGAUCGAAUGUGGGAGUGCUGUUUUAAAUGGAUUUGACAUUUGAAUAAAUCAUUAACUAAUUCA